GACUACCAGCUGUGAGGGAAUAUUUUGAUUGAGUUCCAUUUUCACUAUUCGUACCCCUGUCUUGGCUUUGAACUUGCGAUACACCCCCCACAUUUCGUCCACGCACGUGUGUAUCUUUCCGUACGGAGUGAGCGAGUAAACAAUCCGUUCAUUUGGUACUUCCACGGGAAUGUUUACCACCCUGACGGUUUUCAGGUUGUCUAGCGCCAGUUCUAUGUCUACUUGUAGUGACUCACCGCUCGCUGCGUGUAUCUGAGACGUUCCGCCGGUCUCUCGGAUGAUCCUCUCGCAGUGUAGUAGUGAUGUCAACUUCACAAAGAUGCACCGUUGGCGUCCGUCGACCUGUACAGCAAUCACUUCGUCAUCCUGCAGCCCAAGGGUCUCGUCGAGCCAUCGGAGUAAGUCCAACGCGAGCGGUUUGGUUUGACACUUCACGCGAAGGGUAUUCACUCGUGGGGUCGGUUGGCAAGUCGCCAUGAUGGUCCUGCGAAAGUCAGUAAGAAGCCUUUAGAAUACGUUACGUGUAAGCCGCACGACACUUAACUCGCUCUCGCACUAAACCAGGAGAGUAACAGCGCACGAGACACGUCGCGUCGCACACGUCCGCUCACCACGCGAGCACGGGGCGGACUGACCGCUCGGCUAACGAACGUAAUGAAAUGGGUGGGACAUUUUACAGUGAUGAGUCACUCACUCUUAGUCUAAAGCAGUGUUUCCCAACCAGUGGUCCGCGGACCAUCAGUGGUCCGCGAGAGCUAAAAUAUGGUCCGUGAAAGAUAUCGAACUUUGAAUGAAUGCGCGUCGGUGAACAAAAGCGAGCGUGGCGCGCAGGCGACCGGGGGAAGGGCAAGCAACUGACUAAACAUUAUGACGCAAGCCGGUCAGUCAAACGUAUGUUUUCUUUUGUUUUGCUCAGCAGUGUUGUGUUAGUGAUUCUGUUCAGCUGUUUAGUGGGUCAACAUCUGUAACUCCUCGAUAUUCUUAUGGAUAUUUUGAUAAAAUAUGAACAGGAAAAUGCCGCCUAAGAGAAAAUAUGAUAAUAGUUACAUUAAAUUUGGAUUUACUUCGAUAGAAAGUAAUGGAGAAAUAAAACCACAAUGUGUUAUAUGCGCAACUGUUCUCGCAAACGAAGCCUUGAAGCCAGCGAAAUUAAAACGUCACCUAGAAACGAUUCAUCCAAAUUUUUAUGACCGACCACCAGAGUUCUUUCAAGGAAAAUUGGAGAAUUUAAAAAAAAUGAAACUCGGGCCUAGUGGUACAAGAUAUGCAUCAUCUGAAAAAACAUUAGUAGCAUCGUUUGAGAUAUCGAAAUUAAUAGCACAAUCAAAAAAGCCUCACACAAUAGGAGAAACUCUUGUGAAACCUUGUUUGAUCAAAGCCGUCGAAGAAGUUUUAGGGUUAGAAGCAAAAAAAAGAAUACAAGAUAUACCUUUGUCGAACAACACGGUGAAAGCUAGAAUUGAACUCAUGUCAAAUGAUAUCGAGGAGCAACUUGUUUCAAGAAUUAAAAUGUCGCCAUUCUUCGCUUUGCAGUGCGAUGAAUCCACUGACAUUUCUAAUUGUGCUCAGUUACUCGUUUUUGUCCGCUUUUUAGACGACGACAACAUAAUCAAAGAAGAACUGUUGUUUUCUCAGGAACUGGAAAUGACAUCAAGAGGUAUCGACGUCAUGAAUAUAAUAAUUGGAUAUUUCCAGAAAUAUGGCAUUAUGUGGGAAAAGCUAGUCGGUUUCUGUACGGAUGGUGCUCCUGCGAUGUUAGGAUCACAUUCCGGGCUAGCAACGUUAAUCAAACAGAGGAAUCCGUCAACAUUAACAUCGCAUUGUAUCCUUCAUCGCCAGGCGUUAGCUUCCAAGACUCUUCCUAAAUGCCUUAAUGAUACAAUGAAAUUGGCCAUAAAAGUAGUAAAUGUCAUUAAAAGCAGUGCCUUAAAUUCACGCCUUUUUAAAAAACUGUGCACUGAAAUGGACUCCAACCAUGAGAAUCUCCUCUUUCACACAGAGGUUCGUUGGUUGUCGAAAGGCAAUAUGCUGGAAAGAUUAUACGAGCUGAGAGGAGAGAUUGAGUUGUUUCUAGGUGAGAAAAAAAUGGAAGACUUACUAGUACAGUUAGUUUUCUGAUUUGACAUCCCAGAUGCAUUUGGCAUAUCUUGUGGAUAUUUUUACACACUUAAAUAAGUUGAACUUGCAAAUGCAAGGUUCAGGAAACAGACAAUUAGAAGGCUUUGCAAAUAUUUUUUAUUUUGAAGAUAAACUUCGUGCUUUUAUUUGCAAACUUAAGUUAUGGAUUAGUCAAGUUGGCGAGGGCAAUUUUAGUGCGUUUGCAACAUUGAAGGCACUCCUUGACGACAAAGAGUAUGUCAUGUUUAGGGAAAGCAUACAAAAAAACAGCAAAUGUCAUUUGCAAAUGUUGGUUGAUGAAUUCAACCGUUACUUCCCAGAAUCUAACAAUACAGAAGCUAAUGUGGACCAAAAACUGAUACGCAACCCUUUUGGCACUAACGCUAGAGAAGUUGCAGAAGAAAUCCAAGAAGAACUUAUUGAAUUACAAAAUGACAGGAACUGUAAGGACGCUUUUGAAUCUGAUUCUUUGGAGACGUUUUGGUGUAAGAAAGCAAUUUCAUAUACUAAAAUUCGAGAAAUCGCUUUGCGCUAUCUUAUGCUUUUCUCAACAACUUAUUUAUGCGAACAAGGAUUUUCUGCAUUACUGAUCAUUAAAAACAAAUCCAGGAAUCGACUGAAAGUAAGUGAUGACAUGCGUGUAGCUUUGAGCAAAAAUAUUACCCCAAGAAUUCAAGAUCUUGUACAGAAGAUGCAAGCUCAAAAAUCUCAUUGAUGCAAACUGAAUUGUGUUCCAUAAAUAUAUGUUUUCAAUCAUAACACUGUUAAUUAAUGUUUAUUUUGGUUUUUUAGAUUUCUUAUGUUAAACGUUUCUAUUAACAUUGAACGAUUAUGCUUAAAGUUUAUUUUUAGAUUCAUACAGAUUAUUUUUUAACCUUGUGGUCCCUGCUAAUAAUAAUGAAAUUUAAGUGGUCCCUGAUCAAAAAAAGGUUGGGAACCACUGGUCUAAAGAGUUACAGACGGACAGACAAACAUACAGGUGAAGCUAAUAUAAAGCAUGUAAAAAUGUCCGCAGUAAUACUGAGUUCGGAUUUUAUCCCGGGCAUUCGUGUUUUGUGUGGUCCCAGUACCUACAUUACAUUUGUAAGCCGUUCGCCGAUUAGCUUUCCCAUGUUAACUUCACACAUUAAUAAGCAUAAUAAAACAAAAUAAAGUCGCAAUUGAUUAAAUUUAACUUUUUU